AUGUCAGAGUGAUAGUUGAUACAAUAAAGAUAUCCUUUGACUGAAGAGGAGGGGUUAAGACUUUCAGUAGGUACAUCCUACUUCUACAUUAACUCUAACCCUAGAUCCUGCAUCACACUCAACCAGCAGGAGUUGUUUCGACAAUGGGAGACUCUUUCAUCAUAGCUAUAGACUUUGGUACUUCAUUUAGUGGAUAUGCCUUCAAUAUAACAUCCAGAAAUAAAGAACUGGAGCCUGCUGUGAAGCCAUGGAGUAAUGAAUGUGGAAGCGAAACACCGAAGACUCCCACCUGCAUCCUUUUUGAUAAACAAAAACAGUUUAUCAGUUUUGGAUAUGAAGCUAAAGAAGCUUAUGUGUCAAAAAUGGGAACAGAAGCCAAAGAUAAGUUAUUCUUUGAAUGUUUCAAGAUGUCCCUGUAUAAACGAAAAAUCAACCUGGAUAUGAAGAUUAAAGCUGCAAAUGGAAAAGAAAUGAAAGCCCUGCAGGUUUUUACAGAAGCUCUAAAAUUCCUGAAGGAAGAUGCUCUGACAACAAUUGCACAACACACUCAUGGGAAAAGGUUCACUGCCUCUGAUUUCACCUGGGUGCUGACUGUUCCUGCCAUCUGGGAUAAUUCUGCUAAACAGUUCAUGAGAGAAGCUGCAACUCAGGCAGGUAUUGUGACCAAAGGUAAGGAAGAUAAAUUGGUCAUUGCACUGGAACCAGAAGCGGCUUCAGUGUGGUGUAAGAAACUUCCAUCAGAGGGUUUUAUAGCAGAAAACCGAGGGGAUGAAAAACUUGACCAGUCGCCAGGAACUCAGUACAUUGUGGUUGAUUGUGGAGGAGGAACCAUUGACAUCACUGUUCAUGAAGUCCUAGAAGGAGGAGCCCUGAAGGAGCUGUGCAAGGCCUCUGGAAAUGAUCUGGGAGGACAAACUGUGGACAGAAAAUUCAAACAGUUCCUCAGAGAAAUCUUCGGGGGUGGAGUCUGGGAUGAUUACGAAAAACAUUUCCCAAAUGAGCUUCAGAAAUUAAUGUAUGAUUUUACAGCUUUCAAAAAAAAUGAUGAUGACAUAGAAAUCGCCUGCCCAUUUAACCUAGGGAAACUGGCUGAGAAAAAAAAAAAGAUAGAGAGGUACUUUAAAAAAGUGCAAGGGGCAUCCUGGGAAAGUGGAUCUAUCAGAAUCUCUAAAGAGAAACUGAGGUCUCUCUUUGAUGAGAGUCUGCAGGGUAUUACUGAGAGUCUCAGAGAAAUAUUAGAUCAACAAUUUAAAAUUAAGUACAUUCUGUUAGUGGGGGGGUACGCUGGUAGCCAGAUUCUACGUAGACAUAUUACUGAUCAGUUUAUGAAUGACUGUAAAGUUCUGUGUCCAUACAGGCCACAAGAAGCUAUCGUGAAGGGAGCUGUAGAGUUUGGAAGAAACAAGGGAGUGGUGGCAUCUAGAAAAAGUGCCUUCACUUAUGGAGUUUGUAUCUCUGAAAGAUUUGACAAGUUUCAACACAAGGCAGAGAAAAAAUACACUAACAAAGAUGGUGAGUGGUGUAGUGACAUAUUCAUGAAACUUGUGGAUGUUGACGAGGAUGUUUGUUGGAAUGAAACCAGAAAGCACAUCUUAUAUCCUGUAAAAGCAGACCAGACAAAAAUAACCUUUUCAUUUCAUCGCACUAAAGGAAAACAUGUAAUGUAUAUCGAUGAACCAAAUAUGGAGGAAAUUGGCUCAUUUGUUGUUGACUCUCCUGACACUACACUUGGUUUGAAUCGUGAAAUUAGACUUGAAAUAAAGUUUGGUUUCACAGAAAUGACAGCAAAAGGCACUGAUAAAGAGACAGGCUCAACACAAACGAUUAAGAUAAACUUCAUGAGGAAAUAAUAUAAAUUCUUCAGCUACAUCUUUUCUGACAUUAUCAAACAGAAACAAGAAGGAAUGCUACCAUGAUAGACUUAGUUUUAAAUCUAAUAAACAUGGUUAAAAACAGAAUAUUGCAGGGUGCUAAUACUGUGGAGUACCUUUAUAUGAUAUAUUUUAACAGUUGCAUGUAAAUGUUAUUUUCUGAUCUUUCAUUGUAUAUGGCACAAUACAGAUGGUUGUUGGGACAACUGUAAAUCAGUCUCACAUGAGGAACAUUUUCUAAUAGGGCUCAAUUUGUAAUGUAAUUGUUAAUUUUUCUUUUUUACAUGGAGACUAAACCAUACACAUUGAUUUUAUAAAAUUAAAGUUUUAAUAGACAAUUUUCAAAACCAAAUGUUACUGCUGGUCACUGAAGAAUCUAAACCAACAGCGGCAAGGCAGACUUUGUUUAUUGUAUAGUGCACCAAUGUAAUUUUGGACAGAAAAAGAAAACAAGAAACAAAAGAAAUACGCCUAUGAUGUUAUAAGGAUAAAUCCUGACAUGUAGCAAAAGAGCACAAAAUAUUUUAUGACUUCAUUCACGGAUAUUUAUUUAUUUUUCUUCAAAAAAUCUAUUUUACUUAAAUUGCUGUACUGAGUACAUUUUAUGUUUUGUUGUAUUACUGAAUUGUUGAUAGUAAAGUGUUCAGUAACAUUUUAA